GCAUGCUGUCAGAGGCAACUAUGGAGAACCGUCACGGACCCCCAGGAGUCAACUCCAGGUCGCUGAGCGCCGCCCACUCGGCUGCUGACCUAGAGGUGCUUCGAGAAAUUGAAAAUGUCUACUUCCAACCGUCUUCGGAAUUCGAUGCAGGCCGAUACGUGCUAGAACAUGCCCCGACGACGUCCUGUGACGAGAUCGAACAGGUCUUCACCAAGUUGAAGAGGCAGCAACAGGUUGUAUCAGGCAAAGCUUUGCACCUCAUAUCCCAACAGCGAGACAACUGCGACAAAGAAUUCAAAGAGAUACAAAACAUUCGCGAACAACUCACAACAACUCUUCAGACAUGUCAGAAAGCCCGUGAACAACUCAGGGCAGCCUCGAACCACUUGACAAUAUCAACAUUCGUUAUCUUAGCAAACUUUCGUAAACGCCAAAUCAUUCGAUCCGUUCUAAAGUCUCUCGAAUUACUCCGCAGUUUGAGAAGCGUAGAAACUGAUGUCGCUGAACUGCUUCUCAAAAAAGAAUACUAUGGAGCUAUUGAGCUUAUUUUGAAAAGCAAAAAAGCAGCUAGUAGCCACAAGGAGUACACUUGCAUAGCUGACCUGGCAACACGCCUUCAGGACACUUUAGACAUGACAGAGGAAAAGCUAGACGCGAUCCUAGCAAGCAUCUGUUACAGAUUCGAUGAAAUCAUUUUCAGGAAGCUAAGAAAAGCUUACGCCUUGCUCGGAAAGACGCAAGCGGCUAUGGAACAACUACACAUGCAUUAUUCUUCAGCGGUCAAUGAAUCAUCGAUUGAAGCUGUAAAGAAUUAUGUAGGUGAUACGAUCGAUAUGAAAUUUCAAGAUAUGUGCAUGUCUGUACAGCCAACGAAAGCUCCAAUUUGCCUUUUGAACUUAUGCGAGAAUCUAUUCUUAAUUAUGAAGAGCUAUUAUCUUUUAGUUGACUGGCAUGCGAAGUAUGAUGGCGAGGAAUCGAUUCCGAUAUCGAAUAAUGUUUUUGAGAUCGAGAAGAACGUUAGUAGGGAAUAUAUUCGGCAGAAAUUAAACGCUGGGCUGGUUAGGAUAUGGCAUGAUGUUCAAGCGAAAGUUUCGACGUUUCUAAAGAGUUCUGGGUUAGAAGAGUAUCCAUUCGAAAAGUUUAUUCAGAUGUUAGGGAUUUUGCGUAAGUUAACACAAGUUGCCGAAGUGUUUUGCGGUGAUAAAUCUGAUUUGUUACAGGAUUUUAUUAAAACUCAAAGUGUGUUAUACAUAAAGAAUUAUCAUAAAGGCAGAAUGGAGGAAUUGAAAUUGUUUUGAAAUGAGGGUUGGGAACAGUGUCCUGUCAAAUCAACAUUCAAUUUGCUCAAUUUGCAGGAGUUUAAACAAUUUAAAAAGUACCUGAGUGUUAGGUCUGAUACGUCAUUGGUUAAAACUCAGUCUGACGGCGCGUCCUCAGUCCAUUCUCAAGACGACAGCGUGUAUAUAUCAAAAUAUUUCAAGCAAAAUACGAGCCAUACGCCAUUCGAGAUUUUCCGAUGCGAAAAUAUUACGAAUGACGAUAUUUUCGGUUUAGAACCCGAAUUAGUGAGCGACGAUUCAGACGAUGAACCGGAAGAGUUGAAACGAGAUUUCGUCGAC